UGGGGGGGUGCCCACAUCCAAGAUGGCGCCCCCGGGAGCUGGGAGCGGGUGAGCAGCAGCGGGGAAGCGGCCUGGGCUGGCCCUGCGAUUGCGGGGUCCUGGGGGCAUCUCGUUGGGUACCCCCCUGGCCCGCCUACAAGGCCUUCCCCGGGCCGGAGCAAUGGCCGCCGAGAACAGCAAGCAGUUUUGGAAGAGGAGCGCCAAGCUACCGGGGAGCAUCCAGCCUGUGUAUGGAGCACAGCACCCUCCUCUGGACCCUCGGCUCACCAAAAACUUCAUUAAAGAACGGUCAAAAGUCAGCACGGUUCCUCUGAAGAAUAAGAAAGCCUCCAGUUUUCAUGAGUUUGCCCGGAACACCAGUGAUGCUUGGGACAUUGGCGAUGAUGAGGAAGAGGACUUUUCCUCCCCUUCUUUCCAAACUCUGAACUCAAAAGUUGCUUUGGCAACCGCUGCCCAAGUGCUAGAAAAUCAUAGCAAGCUGAGAGUGAAACCAGAACGGUCCCAGUCAACAACAUCCGAUGUUCCUGCCAGCUACAAGGUCAUAAAGUCCAGCAGUGACGCCCAGCUGUCCAGAAAUUCCAGUGAUGCAUGCCUGAGGAACCCACUCCACAAACAACAGUCACUCCCUCUCCGACCUGUCAUCCCCCUUGUUGCCCGGAUCUCGGACCAGAACGCGUCUGGGGCACCCCCGAUGACUGUCCGGGAGAAAACCCGCCUAGAAAAAUUCCGUCAGCUUCUCUCCAGCCACAACACUGACUUAGAUGAACUGAGGAAAUGUAGCUGGCCAGGGGUUCCCAGGGAGGUUCGGCCUGUAACCUGGAGACUCCUGUCGGGCUAUCUCCCAGCAAACACCGAGAGGAGGAAGUUGACCUUGCAGCGGAAGCGGGAGGAAUAUUUUGGCUUCAUUGAACAGUAUUAUGACUCUCGAAAUGAGGAGCAUCACCAGGAUACCUACAGACAGAUUCACAUCGACAUUCCAAGGACGAAUCCUCUCAUUCCGUUGUUCCAGCAGCCACUUGUACAGGAGAUCUUCGAAAGAAUUCUAUUUAUUUGGGCCAUCCGACACCCUGCCAGCGGGUAUGUCCAGGGAAUUAAUGACCUGGUCACUCCGUUCUUUGUCGUCUUCCUCUCAGAAUAUGUGGAAGAGGAUGUGGAGAACUUUGAUGUGACCAAUUUGUCUCAGGACAUGCUGCGAAGCAUAGAAGCCGACAGCUUUUGGUGCAUGAGCAAACUGCUGGAUGGGAUCCAGGAUAACUACACCUUUGCACAACCAGGGAUCCAGAAGAAGGUCAAGGCACUGGAAGAGCUUGUCAGUCGGAUCGAUGAGCAGGUACAUAAUCACUUCAGGAGGUAUGAGGUCGAAUACCUGCAGUUUGCCUUUCGUUGGAUGAACAACCUGCUUAUGCGGGAGCUUCCCCUUCGCUGCACCAUCCGCCUGUGGGACACAUACCAGUCUGAACCAGAAGGCUUCUCCCACUUUCAUCUCUACGUGUGUGCGGCUUUCUUGAUCAAGUGGAGGAAGGAGAUCUUGGAUGAGGAGGACUUUCAGGGUCUCCUCAUGCUGCUACAAAACCUACCUACGAUACACUGGGGCAACGAAGAGAUUGGGCUGCUCCUCGCCGAGGCGUAUAGACUCAAGUACAUGUUCGCUGAUGCCCCCAAUCACUACCGCCGAUAGGUGCUGUCUCCCCUCGGGGACCCAGACUGCCCCCAUCUCUGAUGGCAAUCUGAUCACUGUGGCCACUGUGCGAGCCGUGGACCCCGGCCAGGAACCACUCCUGCUGUAAAAAGCUCCCAUCCGCCGCCCAGGUCUUAACUUUUUGGCGUGCCUGUCCACCACUCCAUGUCUCUGGAUGGGUCCUGGACCACUAUCAGUAUUCCAUGACAUGUGGAUGGGCCCAGCUCUGGGAGAGGACAGAAAAGGAGGUACAGGGUUGUCUGCCCCUUUAAAAGAAACUGGACAAAAGAAGGGGAAGGCUCAGGGUUUCAGGUCACAUUGCCCUACAUGGACUGGUUGUCUCUUGCCUCCCAGCCCCAAAUGAUACUGUUGCUUUUUUGUGACAUAGUUUGAUUUGAUCACAGGUCAAAAACGCCUUAUGUUUUCAAAAGACUCCUGGCCCCUCCCCUCUGGCCCCAAUUCCUAGCCCUUCCCCUUCUGCCCAAGUCUGAGCCAGUGAGGGGCAGCAUUGUUCUCAGAUGGAGGAGGCACGGAUGCUUACACCUCUGGGAAGAGGCCUGCACCCAAGGGCUAGGAAUUUUACUUUUCCUUUUCUCACCAGAUGUCUGCAUGUGUGCCUGUGUCUGUGUGUAUAUGUAGGUAUACACACCCAUAAGCAUUUAGUUACACAUCUGAAUAUCCGUGUCCAGACUAGCCCCAUAGCAGCCAUCUGGGAAGGGCCCCAGUGACCACGUAUACAAGCAUCCCUUGAGAAGGAUCAGGGCAGGGGAGGGAGAAGGGGCUUUUUACCUCUCCAAACCCUUUUUCCAUGAUGACCCACUCCAAGAUAUUAUGUGUAAAUUGUGUUAUUAUGUAUAUGGGUAAAGAUGUAUAAAUAUGU